AUGGACGAACAUGCAACUUAUGUUCCAGCAGACAACGACAGUGAAGACGAGGAAGGUGACGACGACGAGGGAAUGGAUGGCGACGGAGAAAUGUAUACAGGAACGUUUUCAGAUUAUCGGGGUCACCGAACAGCAGAAGAUAGUGAAGAUGAAGAGGAGCAAGAUCCUGAUGUUUUUCCUACCCAAGCAAGCGGCGUCAUCGACACUGUAGGGGACGAAGUGACCGAUUCGGACCUGUUCUCUCAUGCAACAAGCAAUUUAUUCAGGGAUUAUGGUGUUCGAAGAGGAAGCGCCUUUGUCAACGAGUAUGCACGCACGGACAAACAAGGCAAUCGUUUCGAUGGGGGACCGGGUGAUCCAAAUCAUAUUCUUGGAUCAUUUCCUUGUCUAUUUCCUUAUGGAAUGGGAGGACUAGAAGUGGACCGAGAGACAGAUGCGAUUUCGAUGCGACAUCCAUUUCAUGUUCAUGACUUUUGGGGUCAUCAGCAAACGCCAGAUGUGUCGCGCAGCAAGUUCGACUUGGUCAACCGCAGCUCGUUUACCGCAUUGCAGACUUCAUUCUUGUUACUGCAACCCAAGGAUUUCAUGGUAGCUGCCGAAGAAGAAGCAAAGCGGAAACUGAUCAGCAAUCCAGCCGUCCGCAACCUGCGUCGCCAACUUACGGCGGUUCGCUCAAAAGUCUCUGGCACAGACGAAAGCAGAAUUGCAAUCCGUGGUCAAAUUUGGGGAAUGACCUUACGUUUCAACCCGCCAACGAUAUGGGCAACUCUCAAUUUAUCGGAUGUUGGCGAUCCAAUCGCUCAAGUUCUUGCGGGAGAAGAAAUCGACCUCGACGCAUUCGUAAAAACCUCAGGCCCUACAUCUAAGCAACGUCGCCACAUCAUUGCUAACGACCCAUAUGCGUCAGCCGAAUUCUUCCAUACUGAAUUGGACGCAAUUGGCGCGACAGAAUCGAUAUGCGCACAGGGAAGAAGUAUUUGGUGCGAAAGCCAUGGACAUCGCAUUCCGAACUGGAAUCUUUUCGGAAACGCUGACUGGAGGGUUGCCCGAAUGGAAGGAUGUUGA